GUCAGCAUCAAGUACCAGAACAAGGCAACGUCCUGACAAAUCAUCUUUUGCAUGUGCUCUCAUACAACUGAUCUGAAUAGUCAGAAUGGAGAGGAGAGUCUCAGUCUCAGAUAAUAAUUUCGAUGGCGGAUUAAACACACUGAUUUGUCAAGAGGACUUGUGCGACGAGGAGCAUCCCCCCUCCACCCCCUCUAGGCAAAAAAGGCUACAAGUGUCCAUGUCCAAUAUGGCACUUGGGAGACAGGCCAAGCUGGCUGCAGUGAUCCUGGUGCUACUCGCUGCUGUUCUACUGAUAGUUGAUAUCAGCCUGGGGGUCCACUACAACAAACUCACGGAUACCCGCCUCACAAUCGAUGAUACAGAACACAUCGAAAAUGAGUUGAACAAACUCAAGGACACUUACAAAACUGCGACUGAAACCAUGAAAAAUGCCAAUAAGCAGCUGGACAGUGAGAGGAGUCGACAGACACAAACCAACUGGGAGCAUGAACACGAGACGAAAAGAAAGGAUGACUACGUACAGCAGAUUGAUAAAAUUACAAAUGACAUUGCAUCAAUGAGAUCCCACUUACCAAUGAUUUCUGAUGGCUGCAGACACUGUCCACCAGGAUGGAUAUUGAUGAACAUGGCGUGUUAUUACUUCCCCUUCUCUGUGAUUUCUGGAUUUAAAACCUGGUAUAAAGCCAGAGCAUUCUGCCAGACAUACGGUGGUGAUCUUAUAGUCAUAGACAGCAAAGACAAAGAGAACGCAACUGUAAAUCUCUUGAGGAAAAAUGUUGACCGCUCUAAACCCUUCAAUGGCUUCUGGAUUGGACUGAGAGAUGUGCACGAGGAAGGGACCUGGAAAUGGUUUGAUGGAACAGUAUUAAUUGAAGGGUACUGGAAUGAUGAUGAACCAAAUGAUAUCGAUGAUGAGGACUGUGCAGCCGUGUACCCCAGAGAAAACUUCUUCAAGGCUUGGAACGAUGUCAGCUGUAGUGCCACAAUGAAAUGGAUUUGCGAAAAAGCACUAUGAAUUAGAAGAUUAGCCUAUGUUUACUGCAUUUGCACGCAAACUAACAGAAUCUUUUCCAAAUCACUGGUUUGGGCAUCUACAUACUGCACACAUGUGUAUGUUACUAUUACAAAAAUCUCUGUGAGCUCAGAUUAAUAAACUAAAAACUGUAACAAACUUUCAGCAUUUUAAUAACUGCUAUAUGUACUGAUGUCUGAUUGCUAACACUGCAGUGUAGUAAAGAUGAAUUUUAAUGAAUAAAAAAUCUUUAUACAGUU